GUAGCCCCAGACUGCAGUACGUGUCCCAGUAUCAACCAUGGCCAUGCUGAGAGUGUCGUCCUACCGCCGGCAGUUUGAGGAGCAGAGGAGUCGGAAUGGACGGUCCAGCGGUGGCUGUGGAGGGCAGUACCGCUCCUCAGCGGUCAAGGCCAGGGGUGCGGCUGCUGAGGAGUGUACGUGUGACCAGCUGGACUUUGUGGCUGCCAAGACGCUCAAUAAGGAGAGUCUGGUCCGAUUCGCUAAAGACCGCAGCAUCAUUGCCGCCCUAAAUGAUCGCUUUGUCGCCCUCAUCAACAUGGCACGCUGCUUUGAGGAGGACAAUGAGUCUCUGGAGGCCCAGAUCUGUGAGCUGGAGGAGAGGAUGACCGGCCAACAGACCACCUCCACUGCCGUAGCUGUCCCUGAAUACAGCCUGGACGCCGUGGUGGAGAGACUGCGCAAGGAGAGGGACCAGAGCCUGUUUGAUGUGGAGGAGCUGAGGAGAGAGCUGGAGUGUCUGCAGGAGCAGUAUGAGGAGACCGUUCAGCAGAGGACCCUCAUCCAACUGGAGCAGGAAGACGUUGGCCUGGAAGUGGAUGUAGUGACCGCAGACUGUCUGGCCCUGAGGGAGCAGGUGAAAAUCUAUGAGGAACAACUGGCUCGCAUGGAGGCACAGCAUGAGACGACGGUUCAGAACAUGGUGGCCCCUGUAGAUGGUCCAGCUGCAGCAGGGAGAGGAGUCCUGGAGUUCUGCAACCCUGACAUCAAGUCAGCCAUCAUAUAUAUCAAGGAGAACUACAGCCAGCUGGCUGAGACCAUCCAGUGUGAGUGCAGGGAAACUGGUGUGGUUGUUGCUGGUGCUGUUGUCGCCAUUGGUGCUGGAAAGGAGCUGACGGUGGCCAGACCUGCGGGGGUCACAGGCGUUGGCCAAAUAACGGACGUCAGCGAACUGAAGAAACUGAUUGCAGAGCUUGAAAAGGAGCUUGCAGAGCUGGAGAAGUGUGGUGAGGAGCUGGAAGAUGAGAUUGAGAUGAAGAGAGAAGCGUAUGUGGAGGAGAUCUUUGAGCUGGAGUGUCGUAUUGAGGAGAUGCGGGAGCAGCAGCAUGACAUGCAGGUCCAGAUGAGGGAACAAUGUGAUGACUACGAGGAGCUGCUGGGUCAGAAGAUGGCCCGGGAAAUCGAGAUCGCUGCCUACAGAGGUUUGGUGGAAGAGGAGGAUGAGAGGCUUUGCUACCUGUGAGAGGAACCGAUGCAGACCAGACCAACCAACCUGCUUUUGGCGAUGGAUAUCCUCCCAUACAGAUUUCAUGCGUUGCCAAAACACAACAGACCAAAGUCAGCCAGAUCACAUGAAGCUAACCGCCACACAACCAUUUGAGCAGAUGUAAAAGUAUCAUGACAGAUUAACGAGGUCUGGAGGGCGUGCCAGGGCCAUUGAUAACAGGUCACUGGCAGGUGACCCCUGUCCUAUAAGAAAGAUGGAAUUGUCUAACAUUGGGGUGGAGGGGGAUGGGACUGGAUAGAGUGUGUGUAUUCAAUGUCUGUGAAAUUUCCCUAAGUGGUCUCUAUCUGUUGUGGCUACAGUCUCUGGAGCUAACUCACUGAUAUGACACACACACACACACACACACACACACACACACACACACACACACACACACACACACACACACACACACACACACACACACACACACACACACACACACACACACACACACACACUGACUGACUCUGCAGAAUCAUUUACCUCCCGUUAACCCUCACUCCAGCAUGAGCCCAUUAAACGCUCUUAACCACUGACCUCUCCACUGUUCACAGCCAUUGGACAGCUCUUAUAUCCAAUAAGAUAGCCUUAACCGAUCAUGGCAGGUCACCUUCCAUUUGUUUUACAGUCAUGCGUUAAUGUGGGUUUUACACAGAAAUGGCAGUCAAGUCAGUUACACUGUUCAUGUAUACUUGCGAACUGGUAUAUUAGCUUUGCAAAUGGUUGUCGAAGUUGACAUUCUGCAGCUCCCGUACAGCUGGCCAGCAGAUAGCUUGUGUGCUGUCCCUGACUUAGUUGCUCAUUCUCUGCCCAUGACACCUGGAGGAAUUUAGUCAAGUU